GGUGCAGCUACGGAACAUCUGACCUAUGCUUCUCUAUGGACUAGGGCUCAGAAUGACGCAUGCUCAUUGAUACGUCUCCGACUCGCUCAGCCAAAACCUGGUUCCAGCAAUGUACUACUAUACUUCAACACCCACCGCGAUAACAUUCGCUGGUUCUGGGCGGUACUGGCUGCGGGUGGCGUACCUUGCAUAGCGCCACCAUUCGUGAGCGAUUCAGGGUUGAGAAAAGACCAUAUCUCACACUUGAUAAAUUUGUUGGAAAACCCAACUAUCUUGACAACCGAAGAACUAUCUUCAGUCUUCGAAAAUAACAGCAACGCGAGCAUCCAAACAAUAGAGUCGUUACCAGCAGAGACAGAACUCACAUUUAAGGCACCGGCUCCACCUACGGAUGAUGGCCUUGCGGUGCUUAUGCUAACAUCCGGGAGCACCGGAAACGCGAAGGCUGUUUGUCUCACCCACGAGCAGAUAUUAGAAGCAGCCGCUGGAAAGAGUGCUCACAGCAAGACGAAUAGCAAAGACGUAUUUCUUAACUGGGUUGGCUUAGAUCAUGCCGUCAACCUCGUAGAAAUACACGUCCAUGCUAUGUCACUAGGGGCAGAGCAAGUCCAUGUUCAGGCCAACGAUCUCCUCGCCGACCCUCACCUUUUCCCUCGGGUUAUAAACCAGCACCAAGUUAGCGUAACUUUUGCCCCAAAUUUCUUUCUCGACUUAGUCGCUUCCCAAAUACUCGAGAAGGAUCCCGAGUUACGAAAUCCCGAGAAACUUGAUCUUUCGAGUUUUCGCGCCCUUUUUUCAGGGGGGGAGGCUAACGUUGUUAAAACUGCAGUGGGGGUGACCAGGAUUUUCCAAGCCUACGGGACUAAAGUCGAAUUUAUAUGCCCUGGUUAUGGAUUGACUGAGUCAUGCGCCGGUGUGACUUGGGGGUUCAAUUGCCCUUCAUACGACAUAAAGUCCGGGGGUGAAUUCACAUCUGUCGGAGCCCCAAUACCAGGAGGUCUCGUCCGAGUCGUGGACCUUGAAGGCGUCCAGGUACCCCCUGGUGAAAUAGGAGAUCUCCAAAUCUCUGGCCCUGUCGUAUUCAAGAAAUACUACAGAAAUCCGGAAGCGACCAAAGAAGCGUUCACCCAAGAUGGGUGGUUCAUCACCGGAGAUCAAGCCCGCGUAGACUCUAAUGGCCAACUACAUAUCGUCGGUCGUGUUAAAGACACAAUCAACAUCAACGGUGUCAAAUACUUCUGCUCAGAAGUUGAGACAGCCAUCGAACAAAUAAAGUUACCAGGAGUAACUCCUUCUUUGACGAUCGUCUUCCCCCAUCGCCCCCAGGGUGCUAAUACCGAAGAGUACUGCAUUGUCUAUAACCCCACCGAGGAGGAUACCACCGGAGAAUCCCGAACACAUAUUGAUGACAACAUGAGUCGGAUCUCUAGUGUGAUUACAAAUAAAAAGCCUUUUAGGAUAAUACCAUUACCGGAAUCUUCCUUCAACAGAAGCUCACUAGGGAAGGUAUCGCGAGCGAAACUUCGAAAGGCCUUCGAAGCAGGGGAUUUCCAAGAGGUGGAUGAGUUGAAUAGAUCCUUGAUCCACGCCUUCAGGAAGGCGAACCGCGACGCUCCAGCUAAUCCCGCCGAAGAGUCGGCACUUAAUCUCGCCUGCGACAUGCUCGGUUUACAAACAGAAGAAGCGAGCGUGACAGAUAACAUCUUCCAUCUAGGAUUCAGCUCCUUAGAUAUCAACGCCUUCGCCUGCCGGCUGCAGAACACCCUCGGAAGUCGCAACGCGGUAACGCUCACCGAAGUAUUGCGAAACCCGACCAUCCGUUCCAUUUGCGAUGGGAUAGACGACAGCAAGGAUCCGGACGAGUCCUAUGAUCCCGUAGUCGUACUCCAACCAAACGGAGACAAGACGCCAUUCUGGAUUAUACAUCCCGCCUCUGGAAACGUUCUAGUUUUUAUCCCCCUGUCGCGAUAUCUUAGCGACCGACCCGUGUACGGUCUUCGUGCUCGUGGAGUUCGUCUUGGCGAGCGGUUCUUCGGGUCUAUCGACGAAAUGGCUAGCACAUACUUCAAUGCUAUCAAGCGUACUCAACCCAAAGGUCCAUACGCCAUUGCUGGAUACUCUCUGGGAAGCAGUGUCGCAUUCGAAGUUGCGAAACUGCUAAUCGCCAACGGUGACGAAGUUCGCUUCGUCGGGGCCCUCGAUAGCCCGCCCCAUAUAGCACCUCUUAUUAGCACUCUCACAUGGAGUGCAGCUCUGGUUAUGGUAAGCUUCUUCCUGGGACUUAUUCCGGAGAGGUAUUCUAAUGAAGUGAUACCGCGUCUUUGGAACGAGCCGUCGGAUGUUGCCUUGGAAUUCAUCCUCUCGAACGCAGAUCCGGCACGUCUCGACGCGUUACAACUUGACAAGACUGGACUUUCGCGGAUCGCGGAUAUAGCGCAUAACUUUGGCCAGGCGGCGCGUAGAUAUGAGGCUGUGGGGUCGGUGCCGACUAUGGAUGUCUUUAUCGUCGACCCCCUGCUCAGCGUGACGGAGAAAGGUCGUGAAGAUUGGUAUGAUCGGUUUUUAUACCAGUGGAAGGAUUUCGUGACUGGGGAUUUGAAAUUCCACCAGAGUUCCGGGAGUCAUGCCGAUAUGUUGAGUCCCAAGCAUGUGCGCGAUUUUCAACGGAUUCUUCAGGAUAUUCUUGUUGCUCGAGGUCUUUGAAAGCUCUAGGUUUAAUUGGAGUAGGGAGAGAAAUAGGGGAACUUUUACAUAUCGCUCUUCUCUAAGCUUUCUCAAGAACGAAGGCCCAUAGCCCGUAUCCAUAUCCUUUCCUUCUAGAGGCAGAAUGAUA